AUUUACAAUAUAUUAUUAAAUAUGUUGUUUGAUAUCAUUACUCAACCCUGCUUUGCAAUCUUUCAAAUCCAAGCCCAAACCGUUGCAUUGGCUCCUCGCUCCAUUCUUCUUUGUUCUAGACUCUAGUACUGAUGAUAGUAGUCUCUACAAAAGCAAGCUAAACAACAAAGUUCAUAUCUAAUUCGCUCAUUUCAAUUUCCAGGCAUGGCUUCAUCUGGUACAUCUGAAGUUGUUAAAAGGGAUGUUAAGGACAAAGAGCACAAGAAAGAUGAUAAAAAUGAUGGAUUUAUUGAGAAGGUGAAGGAUUUCAUUCAUGACAUUGGCGAGAAGAUUGAGGAAGCUAUUGGAUUUGGGAAGCCUACUGCAGAUGUUGCGGGGGUUCACAUCCCUCAUAUCAAUCUUGAGAAGGCAGAUAUUGUUGUCGAUGUUCUAGUAAAGAACCCAAAUCCCGUGCCAAUCCCUCUGAUUGACAUAAACUAUUUGAUUGAGAGUGAUGGAAGGAAACUUGUUUCAGGGUUGAUCCCAGACGCUGGGACAAUCCAUGCACAUGGUGAAGAGACUGUCAAAAUACCAGUUAAUCUGGUUUAUGAUGACAUAAAAAAUACAUAUGACGAUAUUAAGCCCGGAAGCAUAGUUCCAUAUAGGAUAGAGGUUGACCUCAUUGUAGACGUGCCUGUUUUUGGUAGGCUAACACUACCACUUGAGAAAACUGGAGAGAUCCCCAUACCUUACAAGCCGGAUAUUGAUCUUGAGAAAAUUAAAUUUCAGAGAUUCUCUUUUGAAGAAACUGUUGCAGUUCUUAAUUUGAAAGUGGAAAAUAAGAAUGACUUUGACUUGGGCUUAAAUUCACUAGACUAUGAGGUUUGGCUUUCUGAUGUGAGUAUUGGAGGUGCAGAACUUUCAAAUUCUACAAAAAUUGAUAAGAAUGGAAUAAGUUACAUUGAUAUUCCCAUCACCUUCAGGCCUAAGGACUUUGGCUCUGCACUUUGGGACAUGAUUAGGGGAAAAGGUACUGGUUACACCUUGAAAGGACAUAUUAAUGCAGAUACACCCUUUGGAGCAAUGAAUUUGCCCAUCAGCAGGGAGGGCGGUACCACUCGUCUCAAGAAGAACAAAGAAGAUGGUGGGGAUGAUGAUGAUGAUGAUGAUGAGGAAUAAAAAUUGCAUUGUUGCUGUCAUCUGUUUCACAGUAGUCGUCCUUUAGAAUAAUGGUUAAAUAGGCACUCGAAGUUGUGACUUUUUCUUCGAGUGUUGAGAACUUGAUGCAUGUUGAUGAUCUAUAUGCAAGCUGAACGUUUAGGGAUUCUAUGCAUGCAUAAUUAUGCUCGUGUUAUUGUGAUGUAGUUGGGCGGCACUUUUUAGAUUGCAUAUCCAUCCUUUUAAUCUGUUGAGACCUUUGGAAUGAAAUUGAAAAAACCCAUUAACUAU